AUGGCAGAAGCUCUUGAGCAGGCUUAUCUCAGUGAGAAAGGCCCUACCAAAGGUCACGCGGGGCGAGCCGUGAAAUUUGGCAUUGAUCGCCAGGGGAUGGCCGUUGCCAUCAAAAAAUGUUUGGACUCGACUCGCACCGCCAGCGCCAGCGCCAACGGCGUAUCACUUUGCCGGUUGGCGAACCAUCGCCCACUAAUUACAGGAGAUGUACCCAAUAUUCGAGUCAAGCCACAGGACGUGGAACAGACGAGGCUUAUGAUAGAGAUUCAGUGGUUCGCUCUCAAGAUGGUGGCAUUUUGCGCGGCUGCUGAAGUUGUCGACGAACUGGACCCUGAGCCCCCGCAACCGGAAGAGCUAUCAACCUGCCCCGAGAUGCUUUUGCCCCAGUUCCAAGUGAGGCCAUGGCCUCCAGUUUCUACAGACGAUGCAUAG